UCCUACUGUCACUUCUGUCAGUGUCUAUGACCGACCAAUUCCACAAGAAAAAAUAAACUUUAUUAUAUAAUGAAAUAAAAUACUAAUUCAGUAUUAUUCCAGACCAUGUAUAUUUUAUGAUGCAGUAACGAAACCUAAGUUAUUUUCCAUUGAAUUAAAGUAAAAAUAGUCAAAUAAAAAAAAGGUGCAUUUUCCAUAAUGGCAGAAUGGAAGCAACUGAUAUCUGAGUGGAUCAACGAGUAUGCUUCACUACAAGAGAAUGAAAUAAAAAGCUUUGCAGCUGAACAUGAACACAAUCAUGAAAUAGCCACGGCAAUCUUUAACCUGUUCUAUACUGAAGAUGAAAGUGAACCAAGUAAUAAAUUGGAGAGUGAAUCACAAUAUGAGCAGAUAUUGGAAAAUGUUUGCAUACAGCUAUUUAGCUUCUAUCGGUCAAAAGAGGUUGAAUUACAAAGGUUUACAUUACAGUUUGUACCUACUCUUAUCUAUAACUACCUGAGCUCCGUAGCUCAAGGGAAUAAAAAGACUUGCCGUUGCAUAGAAACAUUAUUGAUUGGCUUGUACAACUUUGAAGUUGUAGAUGAAGAGGGUAAGCCCAAAGUGGUGUCAUUUAGGCUCCCAUCAUUGGCUCAAGCAUCCAUUUAUCAUGAGCCACUGUCAUUGGGAUCCCAGUUUCUAACUGAAAGUGCAUUGAGGAGAUGGGAAGAAUGCAACACAAAGCUUGUGAACUGGGGCCCGUUACCACAAGUUGAGGUGCUAAAUGCACAAAAUCGGCUAAAAGUGAUGUCAGCAUUGCUCUUCAUUUACAAUCGACAACUGAGCUUAUUGCCAAAGCUUGCAUUACGACAUUUCUGCAUAGCUGCAUCUAGGAUAGUUAGCCAAGGAUUUUAUCAAAAAUCAAGUGGACCAGUAAGAAAAAUUUCUAGGAUACCAGUGUCACCUAAUUUCUUAUUGGAAAUGAUUGAAGGGGCUUAUUUUGCUAUGUUUAAUGAGUUCUACACUUUGGCACAUCAAGCUGUGCAAGAUAUAGACCAAAGAGCCCAAUACGAACUGUAUCCUGAUGUCAUGUUGGUUUCCAGCGCUGUGAUAAAUUCCUUGAAAAAUAAUCCCUCAGGUCAACCAUGCGAUGGUCCAAUGGGUAUCAGUGUAGCUUUGUCUCCGGCUACUACAACUGUCACUAUGUCUAAAUCCAUGAUCACUAAUGCAUCAUUCCGUACGAAGAAGUUACCAGAUGACAUUCCUAUCCAAGCUGGGCAAGUGGUGCCCACGGAUUCGGCAGACAUGCUCACUUCGAUCACUGAAGAGUGCGAAGCGGAAGCCGCUCCCAUUCAGCGCGGCGGUGCGAUCCGAAGUUCCAAGCCCAAGUUGAGCUCAUUCCCAGUUCUUGGCAAAAAGACUAAAGAUGGGAAAGACAAGGGUGCUACCACAAGCGAGAAGAAAGUUACCCUCAAGGAGUCGUCCAAAGGCAUUUGGAAUUCAUUGAGUGGCGGCGGAGGUGAUAUGGUGGAUGCGCAACAGAAAUCAAACGUUACCGAAAAUUCCGUUGAAGCAAAUGGUAGUAUGAAAGAUGAAAAGAUGUCCUUAACGUCCAUACAAAACAGCACUGAGAACUCUGACACACGUUCGCAAGUCACUUCAGACUCUUUGGAUAUGGAGACUACUCCACGCUUUGCGGCAAUGCAAGUCAGUUCGGUGUAAGUUGUUACGUAUACUUAGUUGAAUGGUUCGUGGUUAUUGGAAAAAACCUUUGAAGUUUCAAGGUGGUAGCAAAUUGUUAUGAAGGUAUUACCUACUUUCUCCGUAUAUAGUUUACAUGAUCAUGUUUCUAUUUACUGGUUAUGGUGCGUUAAAAUAUGUACUUACAUCAACAUCUGUUGAUAUUGCUUUAUCGGUCUACAUAAUGAAAUAUUAAUUUAAUCAAGCUGUUGUUUAAAUUGGUUGUUACAGGCUUUUCUUUAAAUGUUUAACAGAGUUUAUCCGGAAUAAAUGUCUAAUAUAUAAA